AUGCCCAAACCUGUCAUCCAAGAAAAGGGAGUGACCGUCAUCUCUGUGGCAGCUGACCAUAAGAGCAUGUUUCUACCGCUGUGCCAAAUCCUGAAGGCGCUUUGCCACAGUCCGUGCUUCUUGUUGUUCCAAGGGCCCGUGCAGACUAGCGCCACUACUGCUAUUGGGACUAUACAGAUCAUGGUGGGCCUGUUCAACAUUGGACUCGGGCCAGGACGAACAAGCACAUAUCCUGGGGAUUUGACCAGCUUGGGAGCUGCUUACUGGCUGGGUGCUGUGUUUAUUGUAACUGGAAUCAUGUCAAUUCUGGCUGGACAGUUCCCUUCAUCCUGCUUGGUGGGCUUCACUGUGUUUAUGAACAUUGUUGGAGCUAUCUUCGCCAUUACUGGUAUUGUGCUGUAUGCCAUAGACCUGACAGGUGCCUCUCUCCUCUGGAUUUGUGACCGCAGCAGAAACAAUGCUGAUCAUGCUGACAACUGCAGAAAUGUGGCGCUCCUAGCCCAGAAAUUGUUAACAUUCAUGGACUCCACACUGAUUGCGAUGGCUGCUCUUCAGCUCUGUGUCAGCAUUAGGUUUGCUAUUCUGGGCAUCAGGGCUUUGACCAGUGAAAUUAAAAAGGAAGAGGGUAGCGAAGAUGUUGAAGAUCAGCGGCCACUGUUGAAGGACGUGCUCCUGACCAGUCCUGGUGCUUAA